UGACUUGUGACAAAGACUUUGAUCGACUUUGAUGAUUAAAAACUAACAUUAUACAACGUGCUUUAUACAAGUUUUUAAAAUAUUAAAGUCAAAUUAAUCAUUUAGCUCCAUAUACUUGAAAAUGCCUGGUCUACCGGAUGAAAUGUACUGUUCAGAACAGAUAUGCAUACCACCAACUUUUCCAUAUCUUUUGAGACAGUACGCUAAAGCUGCCAUUCGCACUCAGCCUCGAGAUCUUUUAAAAUGGUCUACUGCUUAUUUCCGUUGUUUGUCUCUAAAUAUUCCUCCACCGGUAAAACCAAGAUUGGAAUAUCCAAUACCGCGAGAUUAUUAUGGCAUUACCCCUGGUUGGUUAAAAGCCUUAAUUUUUCAGCUUCAAAACAACUUGACCAUUUCAUUUAAGGUCUUAUGGGACAGAUGGAUUGGAGCUUGCCUGCAACACAAAACAUUAAUCAAAAUAUUAUGUCUUGGUGGUUUUGAUGAUGUGGAAGCUAUUCCAUGGCUAAGAUUUGUUGCUCUGUGUGCAGGAACACUAUCAGAUGAUCUAACACACACGAUGAUUUUACUUUGCGAAAUCAUAAGUGAAGAACCUGAAGGGGGAUCCGCCAUAAUAAGCUGUGAAACUUUUAUAGACCUCUACACAUUUUUGGCAAAUAUUGAUGCAUCACACGAUCAAAUACUAAGAAACUAUUUAUUUAGAGACUCUUUGCUAUCAUUAUGGAGGGAAAAAGUUCAAAAAGUUGAGGACAUGGAAGAAGUACACGAAGAUGUGUUAUCUACAACUGAGCGGAGUAGUGAAAGUAAAAGCUCAACCCUAUCGGCCGAGGAAACUGAAAAAAAGGAUGAUGUAUAUAAAGUGGUGUCUUGUCCAAGUCUGCCUGAUGAUGACCAUUACUCUUUAGACUAUCUUAAAGAAGAAAUGGCGGAGGAUGAAGAAGCAGUUGAUCAAUUAGAUGUGGCUCUUGAUAAUAUAGCGAUGGAACAAGAGGCAGAGGAAGGUACAGAACAUGUAGAAGAAAGUACAAAAAGUGAUGUGGAAGAAAGUGAAGAGAAAAAGAAACAAUCAAUUAAAUCCGAAGAUGAAGAUGAUUUGUCAAAUAAACAUGAGGAUAAAAUAAAAAGCGAGGAAGACAUCGAAGAGACUGACGUUGAAAAGCAUAGCGUUGAUGAUCAAGAAACUAGUAAGGAGGUCGAACCUGAACACGAAAAACAUGAAGAUGUUGAAGAAAAAUCUGACGAAAAAAUGGACGAAACAGAAACAGAAGCGAAGGAAUACGAGUCAGUAGAUACAAUUAGUAAUGAACCACUUAGAGAUUUAGAACACGUAUUCGAUGAAGACAUUACGUUAAAAGAAGAUUUGGAGCGACUAAAAGCGUUACAACAGGAAAUGGCUGGAGAAACAGACGAUGAGCUGGAAAAGUUUAAAUGCAAACUCAUAGCAGAUAUGCCUCUUACACAAUCCCAAGAAGAAGGUGUAAAGCAUUUUAUGGGAAGUGAAAUAAUGAAAUGUUCAAGUGAUAAGCUUAAAGUUAUUGGGGAAAAGAAAUCAAAAAGUGAUACCAGCACCGAUAGUCAAAUUGAAGAAGGAGAUAAAAGACCUUACGAAGAUGUAUUUGUUGAAGCAAUUCCGGGUAUUGGUGGUAUAGUGCCAGAAGAUCUAGUAAAGGCAGUUGUGUUUUAUGUAAAAAAGUGUGCCAAGAACCAACAUGGAAUGAUUAUGCCAAGGAAUAUUAGGCAUUACAGCUGCCCUCCUUUAGAAGUGCUUAACGAUUAAUGAAGUUUUAUCACAAGUCUUUGAGAUACGCUGAGUAGUAUCAUUAAUAAAAUAAA